AUGCGUGCGUUGCUCCGAAAAUGGCAGCGGAAAAAGCCCGAACCGACGACGCCAUUCACACCAGGCCGAGACCCCAGCUUGAUAACGCGACCUGAAUUACCGAGAGAUGAGCCUCUAGAUCAGAAGCAGUGUGUGCUGUUCCAGAAGCUGUCGGCUGAAAUGCGACUGCUCAUCUACGAAGAGGUCCUCGCCGACCCGCAACGUCUGCUGCACGCUUUACACGUUACCCCAAUUGGGGGCCGACCUGCAAAGCUAGGUCAUUGGCGUUGCGAGACACCACAGAGCGAAAGCUUGGUAUGGCAACAUGCAUGUUUCGGCUUAUGGAAUGAGGGCGAAUUCCAGCACGUUCGUGACGCAUACUACACCAACGGUGAUCUUCUAUCGCUACUUCUUACUUGCCGUCUGAUGUAA